AUGUCCCUGCUCCUCUUGCUCCUCGUUUUCCUGCUCCUCAUCCUCAUCCUCAUCCUCAUCCUCCUCUUUUGCAAAGAUAAAAUUCCCUCAGCUAUCGUCGAGUUUCUUCGCAGGUUGGUGGCACACAGACAGAAAUAUCCAGACAAACCAUCCAUCCAGGGGAGCUCUCGCGAUUUGACUGCAUCCUCUGAAAAGUAUCUCAUGCCGGUCGAAGAGAAGGUGCUCGAGCUUGACUGGGAAACCAUGAGAGCAGGAGAAAUUGAUGGAAGGAAGGCAAAGUUUCUCAUGGCUCAAUUUCUUUUCACUCGUAUUCUCAUCCUCCAGCUCACUCUGACUCCUUGGAAGUACAACAUCGGGCCCAACACAGUUCCCAGCAGGGUUGACAGCAACAACCUCAAUUUGACUAGCAGCAGAAUCGUCGCCUUCCUCCUCUACCACUCGCUCACCGAUACUCUCGCCGAAGAUCAAGGAGGGAUGGAUCUGGUGGACGAGAAAGUAGCAGAGGCUGUCGACGACAUUCCUGGAGACAAAACUUACUUCAUGGAACAGACACAUGAAUUGCAGUUUCCUUGA